UCAGGUUCCCCAAAAUCUCUUCCCUAAAUGCCCCUCCACGUCUCCAUUCCCAAACUACCCCCGUCGUUCUAUCUCCCCACUUCCACACCUCGCUUCCUCGCCGAUCUUCUCCUCUCCCUCUCCGCCACCAGCUCCGCCGCCGCAGCCGCCAAGGGCUCCCAACUCCACGGCCAUCUCCUCAAAUCCGGCCUCAUUCCCUCCAUCUCCCUUCUCUCCAACCAUCUCAUCACCUUCUACGCCCGCUGCCAUCUUCCCCACCUCUCCCGUCUCGCCUUCCUCGAUUCCCCUUCCAAGACAUCGGCCGUCUGGGCCUCCCUCAUCGCCGCCCUCGCCCAGAAUGGUCUCUCCGCCGACGCUCUCCUCGCCUUUCGGUCCAUGCUCUCUCACUCUAUCCCUGUCUGCGAUCGCACUCUCCCCUCCGCCACCAAGUCCUGCGCCGCCCUCUCCCUCCCCGGUCUAGCCCGAUCGCUCCACUCCCUCGCCCUCCGAUCCCCUUUCUCUUCCGACGUCUUCGUCGCCUCCUCCAUUAUCGAUAUGUACUCCAAAUGCUCUCUCCUCACCGACGCUCGCGCCGUGUUCGACGAAAUGCCCCACAGAAACGUCGUCUCCUGGAGCAGUCUCAUCUACGGCCACGCUCUAGCCGGGCUCAACCUCGACGCUCUCCAUCUCUUCAAGCUCGCCCUUGCCGAUAACCUAAUCAACGAUUUCACCUACUCAACCAUCAUCCGAGUCUGCAGCGCGGCUCCACUUCUCGAUCUCGGCACCCAGAUCCACGCCCACUGCUCCAAAUCCAUCUUCAUGUCCUCCCCCUUCGUCGGCAGCUCACUCAUCUCCCUCUACUCCAAAUCCGGCCUCGUCGACGACGCCUACAAGCUGUUCGACGAAAUGCCUGAGAAAAAUCUCGGCGCAUGGAACGCCGUCCUAAUCGCCUCCGCACAGCACGGCCACAUACGCACCGCCUUCGAUCGCUUCACUGGCAUGGAGCGCGCCGGCCACACCCCAAACUUCAUAACAUUCCUUUGCCUUCUCACAGCCUGCAGCCACGCAGGCCUAGUCGACGACGGCAAGCGAUACUUCAACCUCAUGAUCUCGCGAGGGAUCGAACCAGAAGAGCAGCACUACGCGUGCAUGGUCGAUCUCUUCAGCAGAGUAGGUCGGCUCAAAGAAGCAAUGGAUUUCAUCAAGACGAUGCCCCUAGCACCAACAGAGUCAGUGUGGGGGGCAUUGCUCACCGGCUGCCGCAUCCACAAGGACACCGACACGGCGGCGUUCGCCGCCGGCAAGCUCUUCGAGACAUGCUCGAGCGCGGGUGGCUCAGGCGCGCACAUGCUGCUCGCGAACGCGUACGCGGCGGCAGGCCGAUACACAGACGCAGCGCGCGCGCGCAAGGAAAUGCGUGACCGGGGAAUCAAAAAGGAAACAGGGCUGAGUUGGGUGGAGCACGAAGGAAAGGUACAUACUUUUGUAUCUGAUGACACGUGUCAUUAUAUGAUAAAGGAAAUACACGAGGUGGUGAAUAAGUUAGGAGAGAGGAUGGAAAAAGAAGGGUAUGUUGUGGAUACUAGUUGUGUGUUAAGGGAUGUAGAUGGGGAGGAGAAGAGAAGGGCAGUUUGGUACCAUAGUGAGAGGUUGGCAAUAGGGUUUGGGUUGUUAAGUGUAGGGGUAGGGAGGCCUAUAAGGGUUAUGAAGAAUUUGAGGGUUUGUGGUGAUUGUCAUACAGCUAUUAAGUUUGUUAGUAAGGUUACUGAGAGGGUUGUCAUUUUGAGGGAUAAUAAUAGGUUUCAUAGGUUUGAGGAUGGUGUUUGUUCUUGUGGGGAUUAUUGGUGAUUAUGAAUAAUGCCAUCCCUUGAUUUAUAGGAAAGUUAAUUGGGAGAGUAUUUAUUAUUAUUAUUAUUAUUAUUACUGCUUUUUUUUUAAGGAAGUGUUUUUAA